AUUAUCAUUUUGUGAAGUAAUCUUCCUAACAAAUUUGUUGAUUUCAAUAUGGAUUUGUUUUAAAGACAUUUUGUAAAAGUAAAAAAGGGCAACCAAUGCCAACAAAAUGGUCGUUUUAUUAUAUUGCAUCGUUUUAAGCUUGGACUUGCGCAGCAGACAAAUCCUGGGGCGACAAAUCCAAUCAAAUCCAAUCAAAUCCCAAAUCCAAAUCGUGUCACAUCACGUGCGCCGUCAAGCGGAAGCGCAGAGCAUCUUGUCGAUCGCGGUCGAUCGCUCUUUGAUCCUCACAGUCACCUCACAGUGUUAACAGUUCACAUCGAAGAGGUUGCGUGGCGGAUUUAGACUGAGACUGAGACAGCCCGACGAUCCCAAUUGCAAUCCAGUUCCAGACGAGUUGACGAGUUUGUCGACUUCUUUUGAAAGCCAAGGAAAAAUGGAGGAAAGAAAAGCGAGCAAGCCACCGGAGAAUGAAAAGAAGAGCAUCAAAGUAGCAACACUCGUUUCGCCCAUACAGAAAGUCGGUAUAUAUGAAACAAAGGCACGGUUCUUCGUGAUCGGCUCCAACACCGAGCAGGACCGGUUCCGCGUGCUGAAGGUGGACCGCACCGAGCCGCGAGAGCUGCACAUUGUCGACGACGCCCUCGAGUACUCGGCCUCGGAGAUCAGGGACAUUAUGCGCAGCCUGGACGAGGGCAACCGACUGCGCGCGGGCGGCGCGCACGCUCAGGGCCUCGUCAGGCGCCUCUCGGCGUUCGGCAUCGUCGGCUUCGUCCGCUUCACCGAGGGCUACUACAUCAUCGUGGUGACGCAGCGGCGCCGACUGGCCGUCAUCGGACCCCACGUCAUCUACAAGAUUGAGGACACCAAGAUGAUCUACAUUCCGAACCAGAGCAAACGGCUCAGUCCUGAAGAGCAGCGCUACGUCAAACUCUUCCAGAGCGUCGCCAUGGGCAGCAACUUCUACUUCAGCUACAGCUACGACCUGACGCACACGCUACAGUACAACGCUGCCACUCCGCGCCUCAGUCCGGAGGACAUCAACGCCGUGUUCGGCGCCGACUUCGUCCACACGUCCACCAAGGGUCCCCUGGAGGAGACCGACUUUGACUACGAGGUGAGCGCAGCGCCGCCGAGCAGCCUGGUGGCGGGCGCGGACAGGACCGGCGCCCGGCCGCCGACAGUCGGCGUGCGCGCAGAGCCGCAGCGCCGCUUCGUGUGGAACAACCACCUGCUGGAGCCGGCCGAACACCAGAUGGGCUGGGAGUGGCGCAUCUACAUCACACACGGCUACAUCAAGCAGGCGACCCUGUACCUGCACGGCCGGCACCUGUUCCUGACGCUGAUGGCGCGCCGCUCCAGCCGCUACGCGGGGACUCGGUUCCUGAAGCGCGGCGCCAGCUUCAAGGGCGACGUGGCCAACGAGGUGGAGACGGAGCAGAUCGUACACGACGCCUGUGUGUCGUCGCUGCAGCACGGCAUGUUCAGCUCGCACGUGCAGAUCCGCGGCUCGGUGCCGUGCCACUGGUACCAGGACACCAGUCGGAUUCCGAAGCCUCCCAUUCAGAUGGAGCUGUCCGACCCCUGCCACAUCACCGCCGGAAAACACAUGAACGACCUGCUGGCGCGCUACGGAGCGCCCGUCUUCGUCGUCAAUCUGGUGAAGAAGAGGGAGAAGCGCUCGCACGAGUCUCUGCUGCAUGGCGCCUUCAGUCGCUCGGUGGCCUACCUGAACCAGUUUAUACCACCGGCGUUCCGUCUGCGGUACAUCAGCUUCGACAUGGCGCGUGCCAACAAACUCGAGAGGGAGAGUGUCAUGGAGCGACUGACUGAGAUCGCCAACGCCUCGCUGAAGGAGACGGGCAUCUUCCUGUCGCAGCCGCCGCUCAACACCAGCUACCGGCACACGUCACCGGUGGCACAGGGAGACGCGCCCGGGGUCGGCCUCCAGCAGCACGGCAUUGUGCGGGUAAACUGUGUGGACUGUCUGGACCGCACCAACACGGCCCAGUUCACCAUCGGCAAGGCGGCGCUGGCGGCCCAGCUAUUCGCGCUGGGUGCCAUCCCGUCUCCGCGGCUGGAGUUCGACACGGACUGCAUGUCGAUCCUGGAGGAUAUGUUCGAGGAUCACGGCGACCUGCUGGCUCUCCAGUACGGCGGCUCCCAGCUCGUGCACCGGAUUCGCACCUACCGCAAGACGGCCAACUGGGGCAGCCAGGGUAACGACAUCGUGCAGACCAUGCAGCGCUACUACAGCAACACCGUCACCGACGCCGACAAACAGAACGCCAUCAACCUGUUCCUGGGCUGCUUCGUGCCGCGGCCGGGCCGGCCGGCGCUCUGGGAGCUACCCAACGACUACCAGCUGCACCAUGACCCGGCCGACCGGCGGCCCGGCCGCUGCCGGCCCACCCAGUGGUGGGACGACCGCGUCAUGCGCCACCUGCCCGCCGCCGCCAUCGAGCGCGACAAGCGCUGCAGCAGCGUGGUGCGCGUGGCGGCCGGCGACGGGCGCACCGACCUCUACCGCGAGCAAUACCGGCCGCACGAGCUCACCAGCUUCCCGGAGAGCUUCGACUUCAACGUCAUCCACUCGGUGAAGGACUACAUGCCGUCUAUGUUCGUGGACGAGUCGCCGUUUGCGGUGCGCACCCGGCGCCAGCCGCUGGCUCCCGAGGGCGCCGCCAAGACGCCGCCGUCCUCCGCGCAGGCCAACGGCGACUCGAGUCUGUCGGAGGGCUCGGACUCGUCCGAGGACAGCCCGGUGGUGGCCGCGGCGGGCGCGGCGCCGGCCGUACCGCCGCCCCGGCCGCCGCUCACCCUGGCCACCCUGCUGAGCACCGCACGGGACCAGUACGGCAUCGAGCAGAGACCGCCGCAGAAACAGGACCUCAGCGUGUACCGGCGCCACGCAGGUCUGGGCCGGCUCGGCUGCCGCGGACCGCUGCCCCGGCCCGAGGCGCUGCGGGCCACCUCUCAGCGGCCGGUGCGGUUCCUGCAGCUCUCCCAGCUGAAGAUGGACUCGAGCAGGGAGGUGGCCGCGCCGAUGACCAGCCGCGCCGCCCGCGAGGUGUACCAGAGGGCAGUCAGCUGCCAGCCGCCGGCCGUUCCGGAGCAGUGCCUGACCGAGUACCGGCGCUACGUGGGCUGUGCGGUCUGAGUGAGCCGGUGCACGUGGGCUGUGCUGUCUGAGUGACCUCACCGUCACUCACAUGGACUGGAGUGACUGUCUGAGUGGCCCGUCGUCAUAAGGACUGUGCUGGAGUGACCUCGCCGUCACUUGGGCUGUGCCGUCUGAAUAACUGAGUGUCUAGCUACAGGCACUCACGCAGUACCCGGUGAAUCACGCAGUGAUCAGUGACCAGUUCGUACAGUGAACAGAGUGGCCCCACGGCAAGGCUGGUUGGUGACUAUGGCGGUUUGCUGGUGUAUGAAUUUAGCAUUACUCAGCAGUGUUUAUUUGACAGGGAUCGAUACUUUGGUUUUCAUAUAUUGUAUGCUAUUGGGGCGUGCUUUCAUAUAUUACCAGUGCUCUUCUUCCAAAAGGAGUGAGGUUGUUGUGAUAUCAUUAUCUCACGCAGUGUAUUAUGCCUUAUUUCUGUGGGGCUUCGUCGUAUUUUACAUUAUUACCGUAAAGUGGGGCUAUUUGAGACAGUUUUUAAAAUGGCUGUAAAAUGAAGAGCGUUUGAAUUUUAUGUGAUAUUUUUGCUCAGGAAGGUGUGGAAUCGAGCGGUAAAUCGCCUGAGCAAAAAUUAAGCAUCAAUUUCAAACGGUUUUUAUUUUAUAACAAUUCUAAAUACUGUCUCAAAUAGCCCCACUGUCUCAAAUAGCCCCACCUUACGGUACUGAUUAUUGUUUAGCGGGUGGGCUGUGGAAUAUUGUAAACACUUGUCAUACGUAUUAUGAGUCGUAAACAGUAUCUGGUAUUUGCUUGCUUUGGGCAUUUAUUCACUGUUCCGUUAAAUGUCCGUGAGCAUUCUACGGAGUGUGCAAGCAUAUGGUAUAACUGAUGGCUAACGCGCAAAUAAAGGAAGACACGCUA